AUGUCAGAUCAAACACCACCAGAAACCAGAAACAAUAAUUCCAAAAAUUCAAGCACCAACACCAAAAAUCCUGGUAUGGAUUCAUCACAUCCAUAUUUUGUUCAUCAAUCAGAUCACCCUGGUCUCAUGCUCGUUCCCAUAAAGUUGAACGGCACCAAUUACCCAUCUUGGAGUAAAUCCAUGCUCCAUGCUCUUACGGCCAAGAACAAAGUUGGCUUUGUCAACGGAUCCGUUCAACCUCCUUCAGAAACUGAACAACCAGCCGAAUAUGCUCUCUGGAAUCAAUGCAAUAGUAUGAUUUUAUCAUGGCUUGCUCACUCGGUGGAACCCGAUCUGGCCAAAGCAGUUGUUCAUGCCAAGACUGUCCAUCAAGUGUGGCAAGAUUUCAAAGAUCAAUUCUCACAAAAGAAUGCACCAACCAUAUAUCAGAUACAGAAAUCCAUCGCCUAUCUCUCACAAGGCACCAUGACGGUUUCAGACUAUUACAAGACUAUUACAAGAAACUCAAAGAUCUCUGGGACGAAUUAG